AGGUCUGUCAGUUCGUCGUCUCUGUCAAUGGGCUCAACGUGCUGAAUGUAGACUACCGCACCGUGAGCAACCUGAUUCUCACAGGCCCAAGGACAAUUGUCAUGGAAGUCAUGGAGGAGUUGGAUUGCUGAGCAAGGCGACGUCCCCGCUGAUGCCCUGUCCCAGAUCAACACGACAAUGACAGGACAAGACUGCCAGACAGAUGGAUGAUUGGGACAUACAGAUCUUUUCUCUGCCCAUACACACCUUGACUUAUAUGUAGUGUUUGAAUGUGGAAGAACCGGGCCAUACAUCUUUAAAAAACAAAACAUAGCAGGGGUGUGAUAGCUCACGUCUAUAAUCCCAGCACUCAGGAGGCCAAGGCUGGAGCAGGGCUGCAAGAGAAAGGCCAGCCUCAGCUCACAGUGUGAGUACCUGUCUCAAAAACAUGCACACUGCACACACGUAUGCAUGCACACGCGUGUGCUUGUGCCAAUGUAGAUGGCAAUAGGGAAACAGUUUCCCUACGGGGUGGAAUUGCCUUACCAGAGCCCAGUCCGUAGUCCCCAAUCAUUGGUCUUGAUGUUUGCAGAAAGUUGUUCAAAAGCCAAAAUAGCAACGUGGGAAGAUGCCUUUUUCAGAAGUUCUUAGGAUACUUAUUACAUAGUUUACGUCACUUCCAUUGUUCUUUGAUGGCAGGAAUAAUGAAAUGGUACUGGCAGUCCUGGAUUCUUAGGACACUGAGGCAGGAGGAGGAUCGCUUGAAUUCUGGUGGUUGAGCCAGCCUGGGCUCCCACAUUAACAAAAAUGGUUUUCACCAAAAUUAGCCUGAAGUUAUUGGGUAAGUCUAGAUUCCACCAGCUUAAAAUGAAAACAGCUUCCCUAGGAAUGUGACCCGCUGACAAGAAGGUGCAAGAAGGUUCUUAAGUCUUCAGCUUCUUAAAAGCCAUCAUGACAAAGUAACUUUUUCCUCUCUAUUUAAAUUUUCUUUUUCUUUUUAAGGUGGGGCAUUGGUAGUUAUCCCCUGGCUACUGACAUUUCCUUAAUUUCUGCCUUUCUUACCAAUUUCAGCUUACCCCUUUUUGGUUAUAGCAAGAGGUGAAAAAUAAAACCAAACUCUGUGUCAUGGAAGGUGGGAAUGGACAAGGAGAGGAUGCUCACAACUGCCUGGCACUCUUUUCCUCACUGGGCCUGAGUGCUUUUUGCACCAUGAAUCAGCUCCAGCAGCGUUCUGGGGUUCAUUUGAAAUAUUCUGGGUGUGAAAGCAAAGAGGUCUGUCCAUACCCACAGAAGACUCAAAUUCAGACCUCUGAUAAGAUUGCACUUUGUGAGCAGCCACUUUUAAGGGACUUGGCUUCAGUGCAAUCAACUUGAAACGCAAAAUGCCUUCUUAGCCUGGAUUUUUACAAGCCUUCUGAUGUCAUAGGACAUGCUGAUCAUUUAAAACUCUGCUUGCCACUGCAAUCUCCAUCUUAGAAUUCUUCAUCUCACUUGAGCAUGUCUCUUUGAUCUAGAAAAGACUUCCUUUGAACCAGAUAUGGUAGUAGCACGGGCCUGUAAUCCCAGCACCCAGGAAGUGGAGGCAGGAAGUGUUCAAAAAUGAGCCUGAGAUGCAGGAGACCCUGCCUCAAAAAAUCAGGUGGGACAGGGGAGUACAUUUGAGAUCCUCAAAGUACCAAAUGAGAGUCUUUUUACAUAGUAAAUUUUGAACAGAGAGACUACUUUCUUAUGCAUUAACAAAGUAAUUGUUAUACCUCAGUAAUUUUUUAAUGGGAGGUGAUUGUCAUGCAUUGGUACCCAGUGGAAUGGAUUUUUUAGCAUUUCACACACACACACACACACACACACACACACACACACACAC